AUGCCACCUCAUGCCCAGCUGUUGCAUAGUUUUCUUCUACUUGUGAAAAGUUCUUGUGUUAUUCAGGAUGCGGCACCAUGGCGGGAUGAUCUGUGCUGCGGACUGAAUGAAGCAGGGUUGCUAGAAGACGACAGCAAAGCUGCGCUGGCUGCAGCUGUCCUUGUUCGCAAUGAGCUAGCUAUAUUAUAUCUUUGCCGUUUGCAGAUGGGAGCCUUUCGAGUCCAUAGAGGGAUACCUCGUGAUCCGUUUUACGCCAUGGAUCUUGUAAACCCUUGGGAGACACGAAUGAUAGCAAGACCAGAAAAGGACCAUCCUGGUCGUUGCGACCAACAUUACCUUCACAAUAUCACGACGCUGCUUGGCUUAGUUCGCGUCGUUGUCACUCGCCGCAAUGGCUCCAUCACGGCUCAAAUGCUCCGAAGGAUUAAAAAAGGAUCAGGCAUAAUUUGA